AUGCUGGAUUCUACGAUAUCUCAAUCUGCGCAGCAAACGGUGCAAGUAUCCCCGGCGCGAGCACAUGAACGUUAUAAUAACUGGCGGGUCACACGGUCUGGGGCUGGAAAUUGUGCGCAGACUCUGCGACAGCGCGACUGUUUUCGUUUUGGACCUGGAAAGAUCCGCUCAGCUAGAGCCACUGGCCACGGCGAAAAAUGUGCAUUUUCUCCAGUGCAACGUGGCGGACCCGAAGUCGCUGGAGACCGCACCAGACAGACUCUACAUCUGCAACCGGCAGAGCUACGUGAACUUUUCGACAUCAACUAUUUCGCCAACGUGCAGCUCAUACAGCACGUUCUGAAACACCAUAGACACCCAGACAGACUCCACCUUGUGUGUGUGAGCUCUGUCCUUGGGCUUGUUUCUCCACGCGGUUUGUCUGGCUAUUCUGCCACGAAAGCAGGCCUACAUACAUUUUUCAUGGCUCUCCGGCACGAGGUGCCGGACAGCGUGGUCAUCAGCACGAUUCUACCCGGCCAGCUGACCACACGGAUGUUUGAAGACGUGCGUGUUGACAGAAAUUUCUGGGCUCCUUUGGUAGAUCAUUGCAAGCUGGCGCAACGUAUUGUUGAGCUAAUAGACCGAGGCGAGAACGGAUUCUUUGCAUUUCCGCUGUAUGCCCGGUUCAUUCCAGUUUUGCAGGUGCUCCCGUACUCAUGGUACCGGGCUCUCAAGAAAUACAGUCGUAUGGACGACGUGAUAGAGGAUAAAUAA